AUGGAUGAUACAGAACAGGCUGGCAAUGCUGGAGAAGCAAAAGAUGUGGAAAACGAGCAUCAAAAAGACAGAGGUGAAAAGGUUGAUGAUCAGAAUCAAGUGGAAAAUGCUGAUCCACAACAUGAUGAGAAUGGAAAGGAAAAGGAGCAAUCACUAAAUGACAUUCUAAAAGAGAAUUUCGAGCCAAAGGUCGGAAUGUUGUUUGACAGUGAUGAGCAAGCGUAUCAGUUCUACAACGAAUAUGCAAGAAGAAUUGGCUUCAGUAUAAGAAAGCAGAAUAUGACUCGAAGCAAAUCUGGAGAGAUUAAAUUAAGAAGAUUUGUUUGUUACAAGGAAGGUUAUUAUAAAGGUAGUCCAUUUGAUAAGGAUGCAAAGUUUUUAAGGACAGAUGUGAGGACUGGUUGCAAUGCACACAUAGGCAUUAAACGGUUAAAAAAUGGUAAAUUUUGUGUGCAUCGAUUUCAGCCAGAACACAAUCAUAAACUUGCAUCAUCAAAGAAGGUGCAUUUGCUAAGAUCACAAAGAGAGUGGAAUGACUCCCAAAGAUCACGUGCGCAUGUAAUGACUGCGGGGGUAAAUUCUCUGUCAACAUCCGACUUUCUUUUCAAUACUAGUGAAGGUCAUAAGACACUUCCUUUUACUCCUAGUGGUUUCCAAAAUUAUUUGCAUGGGCUUCGUCAGCAUGAAAUGAAGUUGGGUGAUGCUGGAGCAAUAACACAUUACUUACAAAAGAAGGCUGCUGAGGAUCAACAGUUUUACUCGGCCAUACAACUUGAUAUGAAAGAUCAAAUAACAAAUGUAUUCUGGACAGAUGCUAGAUCGAAGUUCGACUAUGAACACUUUGGUGAUGUAGUAUGUUUUGACACAUCCUAUAAGAUAAAUGAUUAUGGCAGACCAUUUGCACAGUUCAUGGGGGUGAACAAUCAUAAGCAAACUGUCAUUUUGGGUGCUGCACUAUUGUAUGAUGAUACUAUGGAAACUUUCAAAUGGUUAUUCACAACUUUCCAAGAGGCAAUGAAUGGAAAAGCUCCACGGUUAAGAAUCUAA